AUGGGGUGGCUGGUGGAGACGGGGAAGUACAAGUACGCCUUGGGCCCCAAUCUCCGUUACGAACUCCUUUACAAGACGCAGCAGGCGGGGAAUUAUUACAAAGACGUCAAGAACACGGAAUUGGACAGGCACGACCUUUGGAAAAUAGAAAGCGACCAUUUACAGUUGAGUCUGUGCAUCAAUUGGCGCUUCGUCAACUUGAACGUGGCCUUCCGAGAGGUGGUGGGGGAACCCUCGCGCACCUUUCUGGUCUACUCGGACUUGGUGGACAGCAAUAUCGUCGGCGGCCAACAGCAUGCCAUGGUGCGCGAAGUGGAGUACCGGCGCCAAGGCCAGGGCGUGGCGUACUAUGAACCCUUACACAUUCAGUGGUUACCGUGUCGGCGCGAGUACAUGGACGUGGUGGAGGUGGAAGUGGCCGAGAGUCACGGAGGGUUGGUCAAGUUCGGCGCGGGGCGUACCCUGAUCACCCUCGUCUUCAAACGAGACGUAUAAAAAAGGCGCGUGCCCCAAGGAACGUGUCACAUCAUGUGGGGAGGCAGUCUGACGCGGUAUCGUCCACCACCCCUGCCGCCGCAGGAUGGUCGAGGACUUCGAGAGGAUCUGUAUCGUUUGGCGGGACCCAUUCUGGCCAGGGCCGUGGAAGCCGGGGCGCGGGCGGGCGCUCGAGGGCAGUCGUGGCGCGGGGUGGCACGGGCCGCCGGGGAAAAGUUAAAAAGAGGCGUGAAACGCAAGGCCGUUCCCAUUGCCGGGACGGUCGCCAAGAGGUCGAUGACAUCGGCUGCCAAGAAAGGAUAUCGAAACACGGUGGGACGCAUUCGCGACGUGCUGGGUGUAUGA